AUGACGUUCACAUCUGAUACCUUAACUUAUAAGGCUUACGUCUUUACAGGCAAUAAAAGUGCCAUUGAACUUCAAGAUAUCACUCUUAAAUUAGAGAAACAAAUUGAUGGUAGUUACAAUGUUCCAGCUGAUAAGAUUUUAAUUAAAGUCCAUGCGGCUGCAUUGAAUUUGAUAGAUCUCAAAAUAUAUAACUUGGCUUAUUGGCCUUUCCACUAUCUUAUUGGCCAACAAGGUAUGGGUAAGGAGUAUAGUGGUAAAAUUGUUGCAAUUGGUGAAAAGGCUCAAUUGAGUACUGCAUUUAGAGUAGGGGAUUCUGUUAAUGGAUUCUUUGCUCAUAGUGUUCCAAAUGGUGCUUUUAGUGAGUAUUUAUUAGUUGAACCUGGUAAUAAAGCUGAGGGUGAGCUUACUCACACACCUAAGAAUCUUUCGUUGACUGAUGCAAGUUCUUGGCCUUCUGUAUAUGGAACUGUCCGUAGAUUAACGGUUGGUGUGGAUUUGAAAGAUAAGAAAAUAUUGGUUCUUGGUGGUGGUAGUGCUGUUGGUAGAUGCCUCAUUCAAUAUAUUAAAUUAGAAGGCGCUAAAGAAAUCUAUGCUUCUGCUUCACCAAGAUCGGAAGCAGUAGUUAAGGAAUUAGGUGCCAAAAGUACAAUCGAUUACACAAAGGGGUCAAUUCUUAAUGGUGCUUUAGAAUUAGUCCUGAAUGGUGAACCAUUUGAUAUCAUCUACGAUUGUGUAGGAAGUAAUGAUUUAUUCCCCAAAAUCGAGUAUCUCUUACCUAAAACUGGUGGUCGAUACGCUACAAUUGUUGGCGAUGCUGGAUUUCUUAAAUUGUCGGCAUCUACUUUAUUGCUCACUUUGACUAGUAUCAAGAGAAUGGUUUUAUCAAAUUAUAAUAGAUUACCUUAUACUUAUAAGGUUCACUUUGGAAAUUUCGAUCCAGAUUGGAUUGAAGGUGGUAAACAAUUGAUUGAGGAAGGUAAAUUGAAAACGUUUAUUGAUAGUUAUUAUAAAUUUUCUGAUUUGAACAAAGCUCUUGCCCAUUUGGAAGCGGGUAAAGUCAGUGGAAAGGUAAUUCUUAAAGUCGAAGAAGAUUGA